AUGGUGCCCGGUACCAAUCCUGGUGAUUACCUGGGCGAUGAUGUAGAGUUUGAAACAAUGAAGGUGGACGGAUUCAGAUACCACGGGUCUGGGAAGGAUGUUUUGACGAUGAGAAUUAAAGUGGGGCACGACCUCGUUGGAACUGGUCUGUUCUCUGUUGAAUUUGACGAGUUAUUCCAGUUAUACAAUCAAAAGGCCCUCGACAAAACACUCGUGACUUGCUACUGUCUGUUCCACUAUAUUCUUCUAGAGAUUAAGUUUGAUCAGGGAGCUAAACAUGUUCACGCUGGCGUGAACAUGUUCAGGCUGGCGUGGAGGACGGCGUUCGUCGACGUGAGCAUGGUCCUCGCCAUCUUGCUGCCCUUCUUCAACGACAUCCUUGGCCUCCUUGGUGUGCUUGGUUUCUGGCCGCUCACCAUCUACUUCCCCAUGGAGAUGUACAUCCGGCAGAUCAAAGUGAAGAGGUCCUCGUGGAAGUGGGUGGCGCUGCAGACCCUGAGCUUCGUGUGUUUCGCGGUGACGGUGGGCGUGACCGUCGAGUCCGUGCAGGGGAUCACCCAAUCCCUCAAAAACUAUGUGCCGUUCAAGACCAAGUUGUGA